AUUACGGAUCCCUUCUCGACUCGGAUCUGACUCCAAGGGCACAAUGCUUUCCUCCCCUUCCCACCACCUACUCCUCCUCGCCGUCGCCUCCGCCGCUGUCUCCCUCCUCUGCGCCUUUCUCCGUCUCCCAUCCCUCGUCCUCUACGGCAUCCACACCUACAUCCACCCGGACAGCACCGGCGCUGACGGCCCUCGUGCCGUCCUCCGUCGCCCCUCCGCCGCCGAUCUACCUCCCGAGCCCAAGCGCCGUUCCCGUUCCUCUUCUGCACAGAAUCGUCUUCCUGGAUUCGACGAUGCCAAUGCCCAGUUGCUUCGUCUUCGCCUCUCCGACUCCCAGCUCCGAUCUCGUCUCUUCUUCCCCUCUUUCCAUACCGCUUUUAUUUCGUCCGCUGUUUCUCUAACCAACCUUACUCUCCUUAGCGUUCUCCGCCCCAGUGAUCCCUCCUUUGCUGUCUCGAUCGCUGCCUCCGCCGCGGCCCUCACCACUGCUCAUCUCUUCCUCCUCCUUUCCAGGAUCUUCCUUGAGAGAUCCGCCUCGAAGAGGUCCGAGAAGGAACUGAGCUUCAUCUCUGGAAUCUUAGGCUUUGUUUCCGCCCUAGUCAUUGUCUUUGUCUUCUCUCCCUCCGUCUUUGACAUCGAUCUGGGCGGGGAUGACGCUGGAGCCGCAAAGACAAUCACUUCGGUCUUCGCCGGAGCCCUCGCUUGGCUUCUCUUUCUCCCGUCGACUAGGGCGGCCCGAGCGUUCUGGCUUGCCACAGAUCAGCUCCGGUGGAAUCUCGCUGUCGUCUCGUGCGGCUCCAUCAACAAGUCUCUCCUUUACUUCUCCGUUCUGGCUGGCUUCGCUGCGCCGCUUCUCUGGGUGUCGCCAAUGGCGAUUGUGCUGGCCGGCGGCGAGAUCAGAUCUGUGGGAUUUAGGAAGUUCAGAGUUUGGGCUCUCCUUGCUUCUGCUGUGUUGCAGCUUAUGGUCCUCCGCCCCAAUAUUCAAAUGUACCUCAACGAGGCUGUUAUCUGCUGGUACCAGCGGUUGCAUGCAAGCCGUGUACCGGACACGGAUUAUGGGAGGGCGAAGGUGUUCCUUCAAAAUCACUACCUCUGCCUAGUAGUCCUCCAGUUCCUUGCACCACCGACCAUAGUUCUUCUGUUGCUUGGAUUGUCCCAGGUAAAAGGCGACUUGUUUAGUGGCCUACUUUUGGUGGGUAAUCUUUUACAUUGCUCCGAUCUAGUAAAAGACGUAGCUUUAUUCUUAGCAUGGUGGACUAUGCUUGUUUCUUCAAUCCUGACGUUGUCUAACCUUGCUUUAUACCGUUGCGGUUUCUUGUUUGUAUCCUAAUGUACCAUUUUUUUUUCUUUGAGCAUUUCUUCCACAGGCAUCUGAAUACAUUAAUUAUUGUUUUUUACCAAUGCAAAAGGGAUUGGCUAUCUUGUUUUGAUUCAA